AUGGCAACCUCAGGAACUACCCCUGCUCUGCAGUUCAACGGAGAAAAUUACCAUAUGUGGGCAAUAAAGAUGAGAGCUCACCUCAAAGCUCUAGGUUUAUGGGACGUUAUUAUAGACGAUAGCGAACCAACUCCACUACAAGAAACUGCUACCUUGAACCAGAUUAAAAGACAUGAGGAAGAGAAGACCAAGAAACCAAAAGCACUUGUCUAUCUCUUCUCAGCGGUUUCGGACAGGGUUUUCUCUAGGAUUAUGAACUAUGAAUCACCUAAGGAAGCGUGGGAGAAACUGAAGGAAGAGUUUGAUAGAGGAGACAGAAGCAAGAAGAUCAAGUUACUGAGGUUAAAAAGUGAAUUUGCAUUAUUCAGAAUGCAGGAAAAUGAGUCUGUUAGGGACUAUGCCUCCAAACUCUCGGAUAUUGUGAAUAAAAUGAGAUUGUUGGGGGAGGACUUUCCUGAAUCAAGGGUGGUAGAACAAAUUCUUAUAAGCUUACCACUAAAAUUUGAGUCUAAAAUCUCAGCUUUGGAGGAACAUGCAGAUAUUGAUAAGAUUUCUUCAGCUGAACUAAUCAAUAAGCUGCAAAUACAGGAGCAACGUGUCAACAUGCAUGCUCGUGUACCUAUUGAAGGAGCCUUAUUCUCAUCUCAAGGAAAGAAAGCUAUCCAAUGCAACUUCUGCAAAAGAGUGGGCCAUAAGGAGAAGUUCUGUCGGCAAAAACAAAAGCUGGAAGCGGCACAAUCUAAGCAGGAGUUGCAACAUAUAAAUAUCACUGAGAUAUCCAGUGAGCAAAGUAAUACAAUUCUUGUUACUUCAAGUGAAUUGACAGUGGAAGACGACAGCCUCUGGGUUGUUGAUAGUGGUUGCACUUCUCACAUGUGCAAGAAUGAAGCCAUGUUUGUGUCACUUGACAAAUCAGCAACAGGCCAAGUAAGACUUGAAAAUGGCAUGCUGGAAACCAUCAAGGGCAAAGGCAACAUUGCCAUUGAAACCAAGGAAGGUAAAAAAUUUAUCACUGAUGUAAAUUUUGUUCCUACCCUCUCACAGAAUCUACUCAGUGUUAAUCAGAUGACUGAUCAAGGCUACUCGGUUGGAUUCAAGGAUAACUGCCGCAGGAUAUAUGAUCCUGAGGAUCGCUUGAUUGCCUUCAUCUAA